UUCCCUACUUUUUUACAAAAAAAAUCCUACUUUUAUCCCUACUUUUUUGUUAUUGGCCACUUGAAAGCCUGUGAUAGAGAUUUUGAUGACCUCAUUAAAGGUUUACAUGAGGAAAUAAGAGAGAGAAACUAUGAAAAUUACUGUCUUGCAGAAGAGGAACAGGCUGAAGUUAUUGAAGAAAUUACCGAGGUUAUUGAAACUGCCCAGAUAUCAACAUCUGAAAAGUACAAAGUCAGUAAUGAUGGGGAAUGUGACUCUGCAUCAAAAGCGUUGUUUCAAGGAUCACCGUAUACUUUAGGUGUUACUAUAUUACUCAUUUGCGCUUUUAUAAUAAGAUUUCGUCUUCCUGAACAAGCCAUUGAUUAUCUCCUAAAAAUUGUUUCAUGCAUCCUACCACAUGGUCACAGACUUAUGAACACAUUGUACAAUUUUAGGAAGUUUUUGAAAGAGUAUACAGUAAACAUGCGACCAUCACUCUUCUAUUACUGUAACUUCUGUUAUUGUGAAGUCAAUCGUCAAUGUAAAACAUGUCCUGAGUGUUCAAAGUCCCUGACAGGAAGUGGUUCUAUGUCAUACUUUGUACAAUUGAAAAUUGAAGCCCAAUUACAGUUAUUAUGGAAAAAUUCUUCAUUUGCAAAUGCUGUCAGAUCACACAGGUUUAAACACUAUGAAAGCAAAAAAGGUGUAACAAGUAUUAGUGACAUAUAUGAUGGUAAAUUAUACAAAAAGUUGUUCAACAAUGAGAGCGGUAUUCUUGGAGAUGAAAAUAACUUAUCUUUUGCUUUAAAUACUGAUGGUGUUCCCCUUUUUAAAUCAUCAAACAUAGGGAUAUGGCCAGUUUAUCUUUUAAUAAAUGAGCUUCCAAUAAGCAUGCGUAAACAGAGGGACAUGUCCAUUUUCUAUGGGGCUUGGAUAUCACCAAAAAAACCACAGAUGUGGUCGUUUUUAAAACCAUUAUAUGAGGAAUUGAAAGUGUUGGAAACAGAAGGAUGUGAGUGCACAGACAGCAAUGGAAAAGUAUUUACAUCAAAGUGUGUUUUACUGACUUGUACAUGUGACCUACCAGCACGAGCUCUGGUAUACAACUGUAUGCAGUUUAAUGGUAGUUAUAGUUGUUGGUAUUGUACAGACAAAGGGGAAACAUAUAAAUUUCCAACUGGUGGAACAUGUCAUGUAUUUCCAUAUAAUCAUAAAAAACCUAAAAACGAACCCAGAACUAGUGAAACUGUUAAAUCAGAUAUUGCAAGUGUAUGUGAGAACAUUCGGAGCAACUCUAAAAAUUACAUAGUGAGAGGGCAUAAAGGUCCAUUUUGGUUCCUUUAUCUGAAACAUUUUGAUGCUAUAAAUAGUUGUGUUAUUGAUUACAUGCAUGGUGUAUGUCUUGGUGUUAUGAAAACAAUGCUGACGUUAUGGUUUGACAAAUCCAAUAAAGAUGAAUAUUUUUCUGUUUUUAAAUCUAAAAAUACUGUGAAUAAUAUACUUCAAAAUAUCAAACCAACCAUUUACGUUACAAGAAUGCCUAGAAGUUUGGACAAUUUGUGUCACUGGAAAUCAUCAGAGUUCAGAAACUUUCUCCUUUACUGGGGUGUGCCUGUUUUAAGGCAUAUCCUUAAUUCAGAUUAUUUUGUUCAUUUCUGUCUCCUUGUUAGAGCAAUUUACUUAUUAUCAAAAGAAAACAUUAGUGAUAAUGAUCUGAAGCAUGCUGAAGGUGCAUUAUUGUUAUUUGUUGAAUGUUUUCAAAAUCUGUAUGGGCUUCGUUAUUAUACUUUAAAUUUACACCAGCUUGUGCAUUUGGCAGACUGCGUUACACAAACUGGUCCCUUAUUUGUAAAUAACUGUUUCAUAUUUGAAGAUCUGAAUGGCUAUAUUGUAAAGCAUAUAUAUGGAACGCAAGGCAUUGAUAAUCAGUUGAUCAAUAUUAGUGUUAUGUUGAAAGUAAUUCCAAUUUUGAAUGAAAAACAUUUAAAAUACUUAGAAAAUGAUUUUGAUAUAAAACAGCUUUAUGCUGAAUUAAAUGACAGUGUUGAUGCCAGGCAUACAUUUCAGGAUGAAAUAGAGCCUGGAAUAAGACCUAUUGGAACUGUAAAGUUGGUAAAAUUAAAUGAGGAAGAGUAUAGAAUUGCAUCAGUGUAUGGUAUUGAUAAUGAAAAUGUAAGACAAUUUUUUAAGGUCAAUAUGUACAAACGAGGUUUCUAUGUGUAUGGGACUGAUUAUAAGAGAUUGCAGAAACGACAACAGCAUGUUGCCACUUUUUUAGACUCGGUUACAUCUUCUGCAGAGUUUUGUUCUGUUAAAUUCUUCAUACAGUCAAACAACAUAAAUCUUGCUUUUGUUGAGAUAUUUGACAAACUUGAAUGUUUUGGUUGUGUUUGGAAAGUAUCCUUUACAAAAAGAAUGUGCUUCAUUCGAGUCGAUGCUAUUAUCAAUGUAAAUAAUAUAGUUACGGUCCAAGAUGAAUCGUAUAUAUGUCCUCCUCCAAAUAGAUAUGAUAGAGACUAGAUGAAUUGAACAAACUCAUUAUGCACACAAUAGGUCGUACUGAAAAACAGUCACUGUUUUUUUGUGGGAAAUUAAAGGAUAUAAGAUGCAUUUGGAGCAAAAUUUUUCAAAAAAUGAAAGGAAUUGAUUUUCUGACAGAGAACUAUGCCAAUAUGUAAAGUAUUAGAGAAAAAUAUUUAUCAUUCAUGAUUUUGUAGUUUUACCGGUAAUCAAGUUUUAGUUUUAUUCUAUAUAAAACGUUAAAACAGGUCAAAGUAGAUAAUUGUGUUUCUUGAAUAAACUGAUGCAAUUUUUUUUAGAAAUUACUAUGCAUUGUAGGAGCAUGGUCUAUAUCUAUUUGCAUAUAAAUUUAUGUGUAGAUAUAAUUUUAACUUUGUAACUUUAUUGUUAUGUCUCAAACAAAUUUUGUCAUAACCAUACAUUGAUACAAUUCUAAUGAUAUUGUUUUUUCCAUAGCUGUCCGUCUGUUGGUCCAUCCGUCCUCAUUUGGAUUGUCAAACAACUGUUGGGAUUUUGAUCAAUCUUCACUGGAUUGAUCAGUACCAAACCUAGUUGUGCAUAUCCCUAGCACUUUCUGUUUUGAUGCACAAAAUGGCCACCAUAGCUAAAAAUAGAAAAAGCUUUGUGCAGCUUCACAGAUCAAACUGCUAGUAAGAUUUACACCAAACCCUGGUUAUGCAUAUCUCUGUCACAUUCCCU